GUCACAACCAUGACCUCUCAGCACAGACGACUCCGUGAUUUCUCUCUCUUUCCCAUCGGCAUCCUGCCCACGCUGCCCUGCUCAUCUGGACCAUGUCGAACACGGUGCUGAUGAAGGCGGGCGACGUGCCGCGCUAUCCACCGCGACCACGGUAUCGUCGGGUGCCAUUCCUAUCGACGGAGCCCCGGCCAGUGCUCUCGUCUCUCGACGAUCCAGUCAUGACACCGGAGCUGCACGCGAGUUGGUGGAAUAUUGUCACCUUCUCUUGGCUCAACAAACUGCUCACUGUGGGCUAUACCCGGCCGCUGACCCCUGAGGAUCUGUAUCGGUUGCAGGAUAGCACGCAAGCGUCCGAGUAUGCAGAUCGUCUGGAACGAGCUUGGCAACGACAGUGCUUGAAAGCUCAAGCUGCGAAUGCUGCGAAGGGGCUACCUGAGGUUGGUUCGGAGGCAGACAAGUCGGAAAAAGUGAUGGACGUCGGAGGUGGGACAUCGUCCGGAAACCGCUCCCCACGCUUGCUCUUCUGGAGGCGAAACAAGGCGCCAGAGCCUCAGAAGCCAUCGCUGGCAAUGGCAAUGAACGAGACUGUCCUCGUCUUCUUCUGGACCGGCGGCUUCCUGAAACUGCUGUCUGAUAUAGGCACCAUCACCUCGCCGCUGCUACUUCGUUCCAUCACAGACUUUGUGACUGCUUCGUACAAUAGCAAGCGGCCAGGUGCUCCACCAGCUCCUCACAUCGGCCAAGGCAUCGGUCUUGGCAUCGGACUCUUCCUUGUCCAGCUCAUUAUCGUCUUCUUAAACGUCCAUUCCUUCUAUCGCGGAUUUGGCACGGGAAUCCUUCUGCGGACAGCGCUCAUUCAUGCGAUUUACCGUCGAGCCAUGCGCCUAUCAAAUAGGUCUCGGGUAUCUGGAGGCCUCAGCAAUUCGAAGCUCGUUACACUUAUAUCCGCCGACGUCAGCCGCAUCGACUAUUGCUGUCAAUUCUUCCACAUGGCGUGGACUUCCAUUGUUCAGAUCGCCAUCUGUCUAGCUCUGCAAAUCUACACCUUAGGAUAUUCAGCUUUGCCCGGGUUUGCCUUCGUGCUGCUCCUUUCACCAAGCCAAAGCUUGAUCACAAAGCACUUGUUCUCACUCAGGAAACGCUCCAUGAAGUGGACCGAUGCACGCGUUCGUGCAAUCACCGAGCUCAUGUCUGGUAUCCGCAUCAUCAAAUGCUUUGCUUGGGAGUCACCAUACUUGGAGCGCAUCAAGCAAUUGCGGGCGAACGAACUGUCCUACCUGCGUCGCCGUCUCGGCUGGCGUAGCGCCAACAACGCGCUCGCCUUUGCAGUACCCACUGUCGCUGCAGUGAUCAGCUUCAUCACGUAUACAGCAGUAGGCAAUGAGCUUGAGCCAGGCAAGAUUUUCUCUGCGCUCACCUUCUUCCAGCUGCUCCGUACGCCUCUGCAAUUCUUACCGGUCGCUUGGAACGCCAUCGCGGACGCUACAAAUGCCUGCAGACGCAUCUCUGCUGUCUUCGAGGGCGAGCUUGCGGCUGGAAGCCAUCCGGUAGACGAAAAUCUGCAUCAUGGAUUGGAAAUGUACGAGGCGAGUUUCGAGUGGGAUUCCGCUCCGCCUUCCAGCACGGCUAAUGAUAUUGCGGACAAGGCAAAGGGUCGCGCUGCUGAACCCGAGAAGGCGAGCGCGACGCCGUCAAGGUUGCAGAACAUCACUAUGUACGUGCCACGGGGCAGUCUUGUUGCGAUUGUGGGGCCUAUAGGGUCCGGCAAGAGUAGUUUGAUGAGCGCUUUGGCGGGAGAGAUGAGGCAAACGGGCGGUAGCGUAGUCUUUGGAGGCAGCUUGGGUCUUUGUGCCCAAGUGCCAUGGAUUCUUUCGUCGACCAUUCGGGACAACAUAACUUUUGGUCGUCCCUACGACGAAGUUCGAUACAGACAAGUGGUCCACGACGCCUGUCUACUGCCCGACUUUGCGAUGCUGCCUCAAGGAGAUCAGACCGUUGUGGGAGAGAAAGGCGUGUCUUUAUCUGGCGGCCAAAAGCAGCGUAUCAACAUCGCGCGCGCAGUCUACCACGACGACGACGUUAUCCUCUUCGAUGAUUGCUUCUCGGCGCUAGAUGCGCAUGUCGGUAAAGCCGUCUUCACACAGGUGAUGCAAGGCAGCCUGAGCGGCAAGACUCGCAUCUUGGCGACGCACGCCCUUCAUCUGCUCCCUCACGCCGAUUACAUCAUCACCUUGGAAGGCGGACGAAUCGCAGAGCAGGGCACCUAUGGUCAAUUACUGGGCCACAACGGUCCUUUCUCUCGCUAUGUCGAAAAGUACGGAGGUGCUUUGACUGAAGAAAAGGCACCCGAGCCACACGACCAGGAUGAUGCCAUUGAGGGCAAAUGCGAGAUCGAACCAGAGUCCAACCACGUUGCAGGCCAGGAGGGUCUGGCAUCAGGCAAGCCAGAAUCCUCCGCUCGGGGCAGAGAGGCACCAAAGGCCGUCAUGCAGCUGGAAGAACGCUUCACGGGCUCUGUGAGCAAGAAUACAUACGGCAUCUAUUUGAAGGCCGGCAACAUGCCUCUGUUAUUUCCUUUGUUCUUGUUAGCAAUCCUUGUCUUUGAAGGUUCGACCGUUUUGAGCCCGCUGUGGUUGCUUUGGUGGCAAGAAAAGCAGUACAAUUUGCCACUUGGCGUCUACAUGGGCGUCUACGGUGUCCUCGGCGUUGGCCAAGCGCUCGGGCUUCUGGCAAUGGGUCAAGUCUUUGCGUUCUUCACCUUCUACAGCUCAGCGACGCUCCACCGGCGUGCUUUGCAACGCGUCUGCCACGCGACUUGCUCAUUCUUCGACACGACUCCGCUGGGUCGCAUAACUCAUCGUUUCAGCAAAGACGUCGACGUCAUCGACAAUGUCAUUGGUGACGCCAUCCGAACAUUGCUGGGCGUCGUCGUUCAGGUUGUUGGCUCGAUCGUCCUUAUCGCCUACCUCACGCCUUACUUCCUCAUCGCCGUUGGAGUCAUGGUCCUCCUAUACUUUUGGACCGGCAUCUAUUACCGCACGAGCGCACGCGAACUUCGAAGGUUGGAUGCUGUGCUGCGCAGCAAGAUGUACGAGCAUUUCGCCGAGUCGCUGUCUGGCAUCACUACCAUCCGGGCGUACAACGAGUCUCAGAGCUUCCUUCGCGAAAACGCAAAGCGCAUCGACGUGGAGAACCGCGCGUACUGGCUCUCGAUGGCUUGUCAGAGGUGGCUCUCUGUUCGACUCGAUGGUUUUGGCUCCCUUUUGGUGCUCGCCGUCGCCAUGCUCGCCGUUGGCGCUCGUUUCACUCUAAGCCCUGGUCAAACAGGUGUUGCACUCUCGUUCAUCCUCACUGCUCAGAGUGUCUGGUCCUGGGUCAUUCGACAAAGCGCUGAAGUUGAAAACAACAUGUCCGCCAUAGAGCGCUUAGUCUACUACGCCAACAAUGUCGAGAUGGAGCCUGCUCACAAAGUGCCGGAGCAUGACAGCAAGCUCGCUCCAACAUGGCCAAGUCAAGGCCAAAUUGAAUUCAAGGAGGUCGUCGCGUCCUACCGAGAGGGCUUGCCAGCCGUGCUCAAAGGCGUCUCCUUGCACAUUGCGCCGGGUGAACACAUCGCUGUUUGCGGUCGAACGGGUGCGGGGAAGACUACACUGAUGACGACACUUCUGCGAAUGAUGGAGCUGUCGAGCGGAUCCAUCUUUAUCGACGGAGUCGACAUUUCCAGCUUAGGUCUGGCAGCUUUGAGAAGUCGGAUAUCCAUCAUUCCCCAAGAGCCCUUGAUGUUUGGCGGUUCCUUGAGGCACAAUCUUGAUCCUCUCGGAGAACGUGAUGACGCGACUCUGAACGACGCCUUGCAGCGAGCGUGCUUGCUCAAGCCGAUCGGUCGGACCGAGUCCGCCAGCUCUUCGACGUCCACCAUCAAUGUCGUACAUCAAGGUUCCGGCACAGAUGCGAACGCCCAGAGUCCCACACAUCUCACGCUGGACACUGCCAUCGAAGACGAAGGAGGCAAUCUCAGCCAAGGGCAAAGAGCGCUCAUCUCCAUGGCCCGCGCGCUUGUCCGUCACUCACAGAUCGUAGUGCUAGACGAGGCGACGGCUUCGGUGGACUACUCGACAGACGCCGCCAUCCAACGAACCAUAUCCGUGGACAUGGUUGCCAAGACGGUGCUCACUGUGGCGCAUCGUCUCAACACUGUCAUCUCCUACGACCGCGUCUGUAUCAUGGAUGCCGGUCAAAUAGUCGAGAUCGGCCCGCCACUUGAUUUGUGGGAACGAGGAGCGGAGGAUGGCCACUUCAGGCGAAUGUGCGAUAGUUCCAACAUUGCUAAGAGCGACAUCGAGUCGGCCCAGCGCGAACGUCAAAAUCUUCUCAGUAGUAGCCGCGGCAAGACAUCGUGAUCAUUUCAGGGGCAGUCAGGAUUCGCUACACACUGCAUUUGUAUCAUUACGUCAAGAUUAUUGCUCUUAUC